UUCACGAGAAAAAGAACCCUUUAUUGAAAUGGCACACAGCAUUAAACGCUGUGACAGUGUGACCAUUAAUUCAUGCUCAGGAUUUCAGUUGCAGCAAAGAGAAUUGUGCCUCGCUUCGAAAAUCAAUAACCAAAACAAGGCAAACACAAUUCAAUGGGCAGAUGUCAUAAAUGAAUCGACAAUUUUAUCAUUUUUUACGGAAAAGAAAUUAGACAAUCUGAACAUUUUAGUUCAUUCUUUUAUUGAAAUUUGCAAAAAGGAAAAUAUUCCAUUCAUGCUGUAUGGAGGUUCGCUGCUGGGAACGUAUCGACAUCACGGUAAAAUACCGUGGGACGAUGACGUUGACGUUAUCGUCAGUUCAAAGGUCAAACGACGACUGCGAAGCAUUCUGGAAUCUGGAAUGUUUCAUUCCCUCAGUGUUUGGGGAGAUAUGUCAUCACAAUGGAAAGUCUUCAGAAAAAAUUAUAAUCAAUGGCCGUUCGUGGACGUCUUCUUUUAUGAUGAAAAUAAAACACACAUUUGGGAUACGGUUCCACAAUAUCGAGGACGUUUCGUAUUUUCCAAGAGUGAUGUAUUUCCGCUGGAUUACCGUUUAUUUAAUGGCUUGUGUCUUCCAGUUCCAAAAAAUAUAAAAGUGAUUUUAGAACAGAAUUACGAAAUUGACCGAUGUCAAAGUCCGAAAUUUGAUCAUUUGACCAAUAAUAGAAUUCCUUCCAAGAAGAGAAUGAACAUUCCCUGUAACAAACUCUUCUCCAGAUUUCCCUUUGUCUUCCGUGAUCAUGUUGAUCAAGUGUUUCCCAGCUCGUCGACUUUUAUCGAAAGCAAGAAAAACAUUGACCAAAGUCAGAUUCUGUCAACAGAGACACUAAUGUUAAAUGACAGUAUCAUUCUGUAUUACCAAAAUAAUAAUAAUAAAUUUUAG